UCCAUUAAUCAACAAGUUCAAACUACCAUUAUUGAGAACGUGGCAAACAUCCAACGGUGGAUAUUCCUAUAGAUCACAAUCACGAUUUAAAGCUCAUAUCAGCAAAACUUCCGAAAAAGAAAAACAAAAAUGGCAAUAUCAUCAAAUCUCAUCAUCUCACCACCAUAGCCAGCCACCCCUUUCUCUUCUCCUACAUUCUCUUAACCACCUCUCUUUAGCAUUCCAUGGCUAACGUGAGCUUCUACAUUGGCAUCGUUGGCAAUGUGAUCUCCUUACUAGUUUUUUUGUCUCCCAUAGGGACAUUUAAGACAGUGGUGAAGAAGAAAUCAACAUUGAAUUACAAAGGACUUCCAUAUAUAUCUACUUUGUUGAGCACAACUUUGUGGUGUUUCUAUGGAGUUCUCAACCCAGAUGGGUUGCUUGUGUUAACAAUCAACGGUGCUGGUGCGACCUUGCAGCUCAUCUAUGUCAUUCUGUUUCUCAUCUAUGCUCCCAAGGAGAUAAAGGUUAAACAUAUGAAGUUAGUAGCAAUAUUGAACGUGGGGUUUUUUGGGACGGUGAUAGCAGUAGCUUAUAUUGCAAUCGAUGAAAGUUUCAGGCUUACCUUUGCGGGAAUUUUAUGUGCAGGAUUUACUAUAGGCAUGUAUGCAUCUCCUCUAUCAGUCAUGAGAACUGUGAUUAAGACGAAGAGUGUGGAGUACAUGCCGUUUUUCCUCUCAUUUUUCUUGUUCAUCAAUGCUGGUGUUUGGUCUACUUAUGCUGUUCUCGUCAAAGAUUAUUACAUCUUAGUGCCAAAUUCAAUUGGGUUUGUAUUGGGUACAGCGCAGCUGGUCAUCUACGGGAUGUACAAGAAGUCAUCAGACGCGUUGAAAAAAAAGGCAAUUGAAAUGGAAAGCUUUGAUGAAGAAGCCCAAAAGAAUCCAAGCCUGAACAAAGGAAACAGCCUUCCAAAGCCCUCUUUGUCUCGGCAAUACAGUGUCCAAAAAGUCAUCAAGACACAUUCUUUGGAUCACCCUCAGUCCCAAAAAAAAUUCAAAACAGUGGACCUCUUUUGAUACAAAUAGUAGUAUUCAACAUGGACGGACUAGUAAUCAAAGUGAAAACAUACUCAUGAAAUAUUGAGGAACGUGAUUUUUUUUGUAACUAACACGACCAAGGUGGUGUUUUUUUUUGGAAAUGGAGAACCCUUCCAACCACCGGAAGAUUUUUGAAUU